UGACAGGACAGACUCCGCUAAUGUGUCUCACACAUGCUGUAUCCUGUCAGGCGGAGGCUGUACAGGAAGAGGAGGAGAUAGACGGACGUGUGUAGCACAUAACAUGGUGCUCAGGUUGUAAUGGAUGCUGAGGGAGAAAUGCUGAAGAAGGAGGGGGGUCGCUGGGACGCGGGGUCUGCACAGCCAGCUGAGGACCGGACGCGGAAAGACAAACUGCUGCUAAUCAAAGGUGGAAUUUUUCUUGGUACAGUUGCAACUGCAGGAAUCCUUGCUGGUUUUGGUACAACAUUGUCACUUGCGAAGAAAAGGAGUCCAAGCUGGUUUAAUAAGGGAGCCACUGCAACAGCUGCCUUACCAGAAAGUGGUUCAUCGCUUGCACUAAGGGCUUUAGGAUGGGGCUCUCUAUAUGCCUGGUGUGGAGUUGGAUUAAUCAGUUUUGCUGUAUGGAAAGUGCUAGGAGUACACAGCUUCCAUAGACUGAAGGAUAGUGUUUGCAUUGUCACAAGCUCAAAGAAUUUAGAGAAAAAAUGCAGUCAAUAUUUCCAGCUGUGCCUAAAAGCAAAGAGCAAACAUCUGAUCCUAAGGCUUUCAGUUGGGAAGAUCUUCUGAAGUCUAAAUAAUGGAGCAUCAGACAUCUGGAAAAGGAUCAUUGAUUUAGGUUUGUCUGGAUGGCAGAUGAGCUUAGGCUAUUAGGAGGCUCCACAGAAUGCUCGCAAGUGAACAACCACGAUGGAUAAUAUCCUUUUAAGCUCCUGUAUAUUGUGUAUGCAGGUAACUAUAAAUGAACGUCCACUGCCUACUGCAAAAGAACAACAUGCAUUGCUAAAUUUCCAGAUCAACCUGAUGGACCUGCUAGUCAGUUGGGUCUACCGCCAGUGCCAUCACAAGUAUCAGCGUGGGCAUCAUUUUCAAGAAACAAGAUUUUGUUGAGUCAGUCACUGAACUUAUUCCAGCAUUGAUAAAAAAAAAAAAAAUUGUAUUUGUGAAAAUACUGCAACAGUUAUUUUUAUUCUUCUUUAAAUUAAUAAAAAUAUAUAAUUUC